UAAUUAAGAAAAAUAUUCACUAACUUUAACUAUAACCUUUACAUAAAUGUUUACUAACACGAAGAUCGAUGUUCGGCGCGAAUUUUAGUGAUAUUGGUAUACUUAUAUCAAAUUAAUAUCUCAAUAUUAAAGCUAAGAAAAUGUCAUCUGAUGAAUGGAUCGGAAAGAAAAUUUCGGAUGUUUAUCUUUCUCAAGAACCUGCUUUAGUUCCUAAACAAACUAAACGGAAGACAGAAAAUUAUUUCGAAGAAGUUUUACAAAGAGCCGGAUACGUUACAGGAGAGAAGAACAAUGCUAAUGAACUAAAUGUGGAUCAAGCUGUUUUUCUUCGGGAUUUGGCGAAGUUGUUAUCUGGAAAAGCAAACAACGAAAUAAAUAAGUUCUUCAAUGGAUUAGAAAGCCAUUUGGAAGAUGAAAUUCGUUUUAAAUGGAGUCUUAUGCCUACAGUUACAGCGGCCUCCUGCGAAACUGCCAGAAAUGCAUCCCAAGACAGUUUGAUUCAUUUACUAUUAAGUGUGGAAAAGAUUCAAGAGAAAGUUAUCAAUAUAAUGUUAGAUAAGCUUGUUGAGUUUUCUUAUACAGAAAACACUGCUUUGUAUGAUCGCACAGAAAACAAAACAGUUGCGUGUCUAAUAAUAUCUCAAUUUCGUUGGCUUAACAAGCUAGUUAACAGCGAAGCCUUGGCUGAUAAACUUCUUGAGUUGAUUGAAGGCACUCCAACUGAUAUUCAACGAGACAUUAUCAGACUUUUACCAGACGUUAUUAAUGAAUUUGAUCACCCAAAAGUUGCAAAAAGCCUUGGAGAAUUCCUGCUCGGCAACCAGGAAUUGAAUGUGAUAAUAUUGGAUACUUUAACAAAUUUGAACAUCAAAUCUGAAUUGUUAUCAGAGAUAAGACAGAAAGUCAUUGAAACAAUUUCGACCGCAAAUAUUGAAGACCUGCCUGUCAUUGUGAAAUUUGUUUUGCAAGAUUUAACCAUAGCUGAAGCCCCUCAAGUCAUUCGAGAACUGCAGAGCAAACUUGAUUUUAAUUCAACUUUUAAUCCUAUCAUAUCAUCAACCCCUAUUAAUCCCAAAAAUGGGGAAAUAUCAAAAAGCAUUGAAAGCUGUGUGUUAACCACAAUCAAACACUCAUUAAAAUUUCAAAAAACACUCUGUGAUGCAUGGGUUAAAUACCUUGAGCUAUUGGAAGGUCCAAAUAAUCACAAAGCCUUGGAUAUUUUUGUUAUAUUAAUAUUUUUGUCUCUGGAAAUAAAUGAAAGGAAGUUAGAAAGUCUUCUAAAAAACAAAGUUAAAGCUGGUGACAUUAAUGAAGAUUUAUUACAAGCAACAUUUAGAGGUCAUCAUGAUGUUCUUCAAGAGUAUGCAAAAGAACUGCUUAAAAUUGCUGAAUUGCUACUGAGGGCGUUUGAACCAGUGAUUUCGUCAUUUGCUUGCUGUGUAUAUAUGAACUGUUUUGUGUGGUUUGACUCCUUUUAUAAACAAGAGGUUAUAGGUAAUCUAAUUACUCAUGUGGGAAACAAAUCAGAAAGCGAGGUGAACUCUGCCCUGAAUACUUUGUUGACUUUAAUCAGAAAUCACACUCAAAAAAUGGUGCCAUAUGGUUUAUUCAUAAAAAACUUACUUGACCAUCUUGGAGAGUUGACCUUAAAUCAAAUUCGCAAGGUCCAUGAAAUGUUGAGUAUUUUAGCAUAUCAGGGAGGCCGAGAAGGUGCCAUGCUUUUGGAUGAUUUGUUGAUAAUAAUUCGUAAACAGUUAUCUAAUAAGAAUGUAAAAUAUCGCAAAAUGGGUGUAAUAGGAGCAUUAAUGUCUGCAAAAAUUGCUGCUGAAAAGGAGAAUGAAGAGCAAGAACCUGAUGUAUCUAUUAAUUCUGAUGCUCUUGAAUUCGAAGAAUGUUUUCAGCAUUCAGUCAAGUUACUCGAAUUGGUUGCAGCCAGCACAUCCGAAUCGAAUGAGGCUUACGCAUUAUUUUGUGAUGAACUUUCUCACAUUAUGAUUGAGAAGAAAUUUGGUAAAUCUAUCUUAGAAUGGAUAGGUGAGAAUGUCCUCUCAGAUUUUGAGGAGACUUUUAUAAUAGACAUUGAUCCAAGUGAAUAUGAAGGAAAGAACAUUGGUCCAAAGUUUGGUCUUGAUGAAGUUAAAGAACCUGUGGCUGUUGAUUUGUAUAAUAUUGUUAAGAAAGAGACAGUUGGCUCUGAAAGUAAAUCUUCAAAAUUUAAACUAAAUUCUUCAUCUAACUGCAGCAAAGAUAAAGGUAAUUUUAACCAAAGUAAAGUAUUAAAGACACUUUUAAAAAUUUCUUCGGUUGAAAGUACAAGUUCAGGAUCAGCUAAUACGGCAGUUGCAUCUCCUCUCAAGUUGGCUCCUAUGUUUAGAUUGCUAAGGAUGUUUAGAGAAGUGCAAGAUGGUAAUCUUGAGCAAAUUGAUGCACUUUUAGGAUGCUCAAUUAUGUUGCCAGAUUUGAGAAUACAAAAGUUUUCAGUAUUGUCAACUGCAGAAAAACACUUGCUUUUGAACACUCUAUUCUAUUGUAUUAAUUGGGUGAGAGAAAAUAUCAAUGCUUUUGCUACUACAACCGAUGUUGAUAUCAGAUGUAAUGUGUUGACCAGAUUACAGCUUUUGAUUGGAAUGGAGAAUUUAGUUUGCAAAUAUUUAGCUGAGUGCAAUGGCUAUUCACCUCCAGUAGCAAAUUUUGAUUUUGAAGAAACUCAUCUAACCUUAAAGUUGCCUAAUAAGAAAGGUGUGAAAAGAAGUGGCAAAGGUAAAAAAGGCAAGAACAAAAAAUCUAAGAAAGAUGAAUCCACAGACCAAACUACAUUAGAAAAUCAAGAUACCUCCCUUAAAUCAAAAUCAUCUGAUUCAGAGUCGGAAGAAGAGAUUAAAUCAAAUUUGGAUUUGGAAUUGAAAAUCAGUAAAAGCUUACAGCCUUUUUUCCGAGAACUCGACAUUGAUGUGUUUACUCUUUUGCAGUCAGAUAUAACUUUUCAAAAGCGACCAGACGUAUUUUUGAACGAGAAGGUAACGUCCACUGAUUUACAUCCUGAUGAACUUAAAUUUUUAUUAGAAGAUUUAAGUUCUAAACUUCAUCAUUGUUUUGAUUCCUCAACCAGCCCUUUAAAAGGAUUUCAUAGUAAACAAGCAGGUUUUUCGAAUCUUGAAUCCUUUACUGUAAUCAGUGUGAUGUCUUUUUGCAUUGACCUUAUACCAUCUUUGUGUAACACUGUAGAGGAGAUUCUUAAAUACUUUAAAACAUUGGCUGUAAAUUCUGACGGUGUGGAAGAUUCUUUAUUAUUCUAUAAUAAUGAAUCACAUCGUAAUAUCGAAUGCCUUCACCUGAUAUUAAAAGUCUUGACUCAAAUAAUGUCCUGCAAGGUUUUAAAUUUAAAAACUAACUCCUCUCUUUUGAAAAAAGCUCUAGCAUCAUUCACACCUGAGCGUAAUGUACCUGAUCACUUUUCUUAUGAUGAUUUAAUCAGAGCAUCUACUUCUCAUUUAUGUUUGUUUGCAGAGUCAAUUCCAUCUUUAUCUUGUGCAUCCAGUCUAACCCACUUAUUAUCUUGCAUCCUGUAUUUCGGAUCUGACUCCGAGCCGAAAGAAAAAGUCUCCAAGUUGUCUCUGAAAUUUUUGAAGAAAAAGUGGUUUGAAAUUGAAUCCAAAAGCGUAAAACCUUCGGAAAUCAACAGCAAUGUCAAAAUUAUUCUGGAAUCAUAUUUGCGAAAUUCUAAGUCUGCUUUGAAGGCAUUAGAGUAUUUGUCGGUUGAUGCCAUUCCACAACUUCUAAAAGAUGAUGUUAAGGAUAAUCUUUUUUAUACAUUGAACAAGUCUUCCUUAAAUUGCUAUUACAAAAUAAUGUUCACUUCUUUAAUGAGCUAUGUCAAAUCUUACUUCUCAGAGAAACACGGCAAUGAUGAACAGAUGAAUGAAUGGAUCAUCAUACUCAGGGUGUUUCAGGUGCUUACCAAUUUACUUAAGUGUUUUGGAUCAAGAACCAAUAUAGGUACCUGUUUGAAAUUCAGUCGAGAAAUUCUUCAAACUUUCCUGAGAUAUGGAAUGCCACUGAUGGACAAAUUAUUUGUGAAUAAAAAGGAAGAAGUUAUAUGCUUGAUGAAAACACUGCAAGCAAGUACCAGAUACUUGCAACAUGUGUGUUGCCAUUCUAAAGUCCUUAAAGAUGUUUCAUUAAUCAAACAAGUACCUUUUCUAAAAAAAAGCUUAGAAGUGUUUGUUUUCCGGGUAAAAGUGAUGCUGGCUGUGAAUAAAUGUGAAGAGGCUUUCUGGCUUGGAAAUUUGAAAAAUAGGGACCUUAAAGGAGAGGAGAUUCUAUCACAAGCUAUGCAAGAUUCCAAUAAUGAUUCUGAUCUUGAGGACAAUGAUCAAGCUAAUAAAAGUGACUCUGAUGUAACUAAUGUGGAAUCUGAAGAAGAUACUUUAUAAUUUAAUUUGAAAUUUAUCAAAUAGAUGCAGUUUGUAGAUUUUAAAGAAAAUGUUAAAUUUUAUAUAUCUUACAUAAAAGUUAAAAUUUAAUAAUU